GUAUUUUUUGCGCGGCACCAAAAGCGUGCGCACCAUUCACUUUCUGCGAGAGUCGCACGCAAACAAACCUCGUGCGCUUCCCAGUUGUGGCUUGCAAGACGCUGUGGGCGGCGAGACUGUGUGACGCCUCGUGCGGUGCUCGAAGCAGUCAUGGUGUCGAAGGCGGACCUCCUCGCGGUGACGAUGAUGUUCGCCUACAUGAAUCCCAAGCAAUCACCCGAACACCUGGACACGCCUCUGAAGCAAUUAAGAAAGGAGUACGACUACAUCAUCGUGGGCGGUGGCUCAGCAGGCUCUGUGUUGGCCAACCGCCUGUCGCAAGACCCCUCGCACCGAGUCCUCUUGCUUGAGGCCGGCGGCGUCGAGGACUCGGUGACGGACGUGCCUAUGCUGGCCUCUGUCAGCCACCACACGGACAUCGACUGGAGCUUCGUCGCCGAGCCGCAAGAGAGCUGCUCGUUCGCACUCAGGGAACAGAAACCUGUGUGGACUCAGGGCAAAGUUCUGGGGGGCAGCAGCGUGCUCAACUUCAUGAUCUACAACCGAGGCAACCGGCGCGACUACGAUACGUGGGCGGCAGGCGGAGCCACCGGAUGGUCAUACGACGAGGUGCUGCCCUACUUCAAGAAGUCCGAAGACAACACCAAUGCCAGCUAUGUGGCUAACGGCUUUCACGGCACCGGCGGCGAGUUGACGGUCAGUUCGGCGGAGUACCAAACGUACGUGCUGGAGGCAUUCCUGAAGGCGGGACAGGAACUGGGCUACAACGUUGUCGACGCCAACGCAGGGGAGCAAACAGGUUUCUGCCCCAACCAGUUCACUAUGCGAGGCAAAGAACGCUGGUCGACGUCCAAAGCGUUCGUGAUUCCUGUCGCCGGAGAGCGUCCGAACUUGCAGAUCUCCCUUUUCUCUAUGACCACAAGGGUACUUUUCGAAGGAAAGCGUGCCGUGGGCGUGACAUUUCUGAAGGACGGUGUCGAGCACACCGCGCUGGCCACAAGAGAAGUCAUCCUGUCCGCGGGAGUUGCUAAUUCACCAAAGCUGCUCAUGCUGUCCGGUGUCGGACCGAAGGACCACCUCAAUGAGCUCAAGAUCCCCAUUGUUGCUGACCUGCCGGUGGGCAGCGAUCUUCAGGACCACGUGAUAGUUGGCGGUAUCGGUGUGCACCUGCGAGAUCCAUACAACAUUGGGGUGUCGGGAGUCAAGGCAGCACUGGACUACUACCGCUACAACACAGGUGCGUGGACACUUCCUGGUGGAGCAGAGGCUGUGGCUUUCGUCAAGACGAAGUACGCAAACGCAAGCGACGACUAUCCAGACGUGGAGAUCAUGCUGAUCGGCGUGCCGCCGAGCUCUUCCUUCGUCGAGACGUACCUAACCGGACAGGGGCUCAAGCAGGAGGUGUACGACAAGUACUACAAGCCUUUCCGAGGCGAGCCGUCCUUCCAGAUGAUCCCUAUGGUGAUGCGGCCCAAGUCGCGGGGAUUCAUCAAGCUGCGUUCGGCCGACCCAUUGGACGCGCCGGUCAUUGACCCGCGGUACUACAGCCACCCAGAUGAUGUGGACGUCAUUGUGGAAGGGCUUAAAGUGUGCAAGCAGAUCGCCGACUCCGAGGCAUUCCGUGCGCACGGCGGCAAGUUCUGGACGGUCCCAUUCCCGGGCUGCGAGCAGCACGUGCAGUUCAGUGACGAGUACUGGCGCUGCCUGGCGCUUUCCUUCGCGGCCACUGCGGCGCAUCCGGCGGGCACGUGUCGCAUGGGCAGCGACUCCCUCGCCGUCGUCGACCCUCGGCUCAGGGUGCGCGGAGGCGUGAGUGGACUUCGCGUAGUGGAUGCCUCCGUCAUACCGGACAUGCUGUCAGGCCACCUGAAUGCGCCGGUCAUGAUGAUCGCCGAGAAAGCCGCUGAUAUGAUAAUGGAGGACGCCAGAAACAGUAUUCCAUUGGGAAGCAGAGUGGUGGCAUCCAGCUUGCAGGAGGCACCAGUCGGUGAAGGCACAGUCUUUGCUUCGGCCACAGCCUCACCCAUGUGUUCUGCUAUCUCGUUCUGGUUGUGUACGAUGGCAUUGCUUGUGACGCUACUGUGCCCGCAUUCAAUGGCGCAUCGAUAAGAUUUAUUCUCUGGGAAAUCACCUGCAGUAUGGACUCUCCCGCCCUGGCCCACCAUAGCCGAAAAGCACAGAUCAACAUAUCUGUGACCGCCGCAUACACAGCCUUAUAUCGAUGAACAAUUCUAUCUUUACUUCCAUUUCAACGUCUGUCAUUCUUCGAAGAUGUGUAAAUAUUAAAAUUGAAGACAGCAUACACUC